AUGGACACCUUUCUGGUGGUGGUCGCUACCACUGGCCUGGGUCUCUGGUUUUUUCUUUCGAUCAUCUGGCGUGGCAAGCUGCCACCAGGGCCUCCGCCGAAGCCCAUUAUCGGCAAUCUCCAUCAAUUCCCCAAGGUCAACCGCGCGCAGGCCUUUGAUCAAUGGCAUCGGACGUAUGGGCCUAUUGUGGGGUUGAAACUAGGGCUCAAGAAGCUCAUUCUGAUCGGAAAUUACCAGGUGGCCCGCGAGUUGCUGGACCGGCGUGGAGCCAUCUACAGUUCACGGCCUCGAGUGGUGAUGGCCGGAGAAAUCGCCAACCGGGGCAAUCAUACAGCCUUGAUGCCCUAUGGAUCCAAGUGGAAGCUUCACAAUCGCGUGCACAGCACCCUGAUGAAUCCCCGCAUGGUCCAGCGGUACCAGUACCUCCAGGACAUCGAGAGCCGACAGCUGCUCGACGACCUGCUCAAGGGCUCCACCUCGGAUUUUGGCGCUCGCAUCCAUCGCUACUCCAGCAGUUUGUUAUUCGCCCUCGCCUACGGCCAGCGGCUGCCCACCAGCGAUGCCUUUGAGAUCCAGGAGAACGCGCACAUUGCCCAUCACUUCAUCGAGAAUUUGGCCGCGGGUCGCUGGCUGGUCGACGCCUUCCCGGUGCUCAACUACCUCCCCACUGUGCUAGCCCCCUGGAAGAAGAUUGGCGACCAGCUCUAUCAGCGCAAGUUCGGCUUGCUGCAGCGGAACACCGCGCUCGCCUUGGAGAAGCCCGGCUGGAACUGGACCAAGCACUUUCACGGGCCCAAGAAGCCGGCCGAUGCGAGCUGGGAAGAGCUACUGAACAUCAUCGGGGUGCUCUACGAGGCGGGCGCCGACACCACCACCUCUGCCCUCGAGGCGUUCGUCAUGGCGGCGGUCUUGCAUCCCGACCCUGUGCGCCGCGUGCAGGCGGAGAUCGAUGCUCUCGUCGGCGGAGCGGCGCGGAUCCCCAACUUCGACGAUGUGCAGCAGCUCCCCUACAUGAACGCCUUCGUCAACGAGACGAUGCGGUGGCGGCCCAUUGCCCCGGAGGGGGUGCCGCACAGCCUCAUGGAGGAAGACGAAUACGAGGGAUAUACCCUGCCCAAGAACUCCAUCGUGAUCGCCAACCAGUGGCAGAUGGCCAUGGACCCCGCCACCUUCACGGACCCGCAGGCCUUCCGGCCAGAGCGUUGGCUCGAGGAUCCCAAAUUGCCCAUCAGUGCCUUUGGGUUUGGGCGCCGCGCGUGUCCGGGUCGCCACAUUGCCAUGAAUUCCAUGCGGAUCGUGAUGUGUCGUCUGCUGUGGGCCUAUGACUUUGAUCAUGCCUACGAGCAUGGGCAGAAGGUCCCUAUCGACCCCGAUAAUUUCGUUCGCGAGGGAGUCCUCUCCAAGCCUGCCCCCUUCAAAGCCCGCCUGCGCGUGAGAAGUCCUGCCCAUGAGAAAACCAUUCAAUCGGCGCUCCGGGAGAGCGAGCAGGACGAAGACAAGAUCUUGGCCCAUAUUGCUGAGGGCCUUGCAUGA